AAAAAAAAAAAUAUUAUUAUUGAGGUCUGACUUUUAAUCUAAUUGCUUAUUAGUACGAUUACAAUACAUGUGCUCAAUCAAUUUCUAAACCUAAUACGAGUGUCAAUGUAUAAUCUAAUUCUCCCUAAUUUAUGGAUGUAGUUAACACAUUAUUUAAUGAGACACACUAUUUAGAUGAGUCGGUAUCAUCUUUUAGUUACAUAUUUCGUUAGCAUCACCCUAAUAAAAUAUCGUAGUACGUCUAUCUUAUUGACAGGAAAUUUACGUGGUCAGCUAUAUAAAACAAGCUUCACGUUACUAACAAACUACAAGAAAUUAUAAUCAAGUAUUAAUUAAACUACGUGGUAAGGACGGAAAAACGGAAAAACUUAUUGACUGUUCCCUUUCAAGCUCAGGAAACGGUAGUAUCUCUUCAAUCCUCCCUAAACCUUCGCUCAUCUUCUUCCUUCAUUCCCUUACCAUGUACCUCGUUCGCUGGCGAUCCGCCAGCGAACUGCCUCUCAACAACCUUGUCAAUGCGUUCUUCCUCACAUUGUUCUUCUUUGCAGCUUACUUCCUACUCUGCUGUUGGAGAGUUAACAUACAUGAUUAUGAAACGACGACGAUGCCUAUCCCUUUGUCUGAGAUCAUUGCUUUUUUCUCUCUUCUUGCCUCUCUUGUUUACUUCAUUGGGUUCUUCAGCAUCUACUUUAUUUUCCCACGUAAAUCUAAAGUAGAUGCUGAAGAACCUGCACUCCCCGCCACCUCAGACUAUGUGGAGUCUGUGGUGGUGAUGACUGACAAAUGGAAAAUUGAAGAGCAAACCACGGGGAAGUCCGUAGAGGGCCUGCCCGUGGAGGGUUUUGACUACGAGGCUGCGUUCAGGCAAUAUCAUGAGAUGGCAGUGGGGUACGUGCAGAUGCCUGUAGGGGUGGUGGGGCCCUUGUUGCUCGAUGGGAAGGAGUAUUAUGUUCCGAUAGCCACGACUGAGGGGUGUCUAGUGGCUAGCACCAACCGAGGAUGCAAGGCAGUGUACCAAUCCGGUGGGGCUUAUAGUAAGGUGUUUAAGGAUGGGAUGACUCGGGCGCCUGUGGCGCGGUUCGGGUCGGCUAAGAGGGCUGCUGAGGUUAAGUUCUUCUUGGAGGAUCCUGGAAAUUUUUAUGCCAUUGCUGGCAUAUUUACCAGAUCAAGUGGUAUUGUGAGAUUGCAAAGCAUAAAAAGUACAGUAGCAGGGAAGGAUUUGUACAUGAGGUUUAGCUGCAGUACAGGAGAUGCAAUGGGUAUGGAUAUUGUUUCUAAAGGUGUACAAAAUGUUCUUGCUCACCUUCAUGCCCACUUCCCUGACAUGGAUGUUAUCAGCAUAUCCGGAAAUUACUGCUCAGACAAGAAACCAGCAGCAGUGAACUGGGUGGAAGGCAGAGGAAAAUCAGUGGUAUGUGAGGCAACCAUAAAGGAAGAGGUGGUAAAGAAUGUGUUGAAGACAAGUGUGGAGGCCUUGGUUGAGCUUAACAACCUCAAAAACCUCGUUGGAUCGGCGAUGGCCGGGGCUCUCGGUGGAUAUAAUGCUCACUCUAGCAAUAUCGUUACUGCAAUUUUCAUAGCGACAGGCCAAGAUCCUGCUCAAAAUGUGGAGAGCUCAAAUUGUAUUACUAUGCUCGAAGCUAUUAAUCAUGGCAAGGACCUCCAUAUUUCUGUUACCAUGCCUUCUAUUGAGGUAGGCACAGUAGGAGGAGGGACCCAACUAGCAUCACAAGCAGCAUGCUUAAAUCUACUAGGAGUAAAAGGGGCAAACAAAGAGAAAGAAGGAGAAAAUUCAAGGGUUUUGGCAACAAUUGUAGCUGCUUCUGUUCUUGCUGGAGAGCUCUCUCUUUUAUCUGCUAUUGCAGCUGGUCAGCUUGUUAAGAGCCAUUUAAAAUACAACAGAUCUACCAAGCAUAUAUCACAACUUACUUCUGCUUGAUUAUUGUUCGCUAAUUAGAAUUAUGGACAAUCCUAAUUGAAUGUACGUGAAUAGUAAAAAACAAGUUGAAAUAUUGCAUGUAUUAAGAAACGACAAAAGUAUAUACGUAGUAAGAAACAUGGAAAAAAGUUUGUAAUUCAAUGUUGGUCUUUUUUUAUAACUUUUAA